AUGUCGCUCCUACGGAGGCGGAGGCAGCAGCAGUCGCCGCCGCCGCCCUCGCCGGGCGACGACAGCAAUGGCUCCGACCACGACGACAAGGACAAGGGGAAGAAGCCGGCGCAGGAGCAGCCGUCCUCCUCCGCCUCCGCGCCGCCGUCCAAGGAGGCCGGCCGGCGGGCCAAGGGCAAGUGGUCGUGCGUGGACAGCUGCUGCUGGCUCGUGGGCUGCGUCUGCUCCUCCUGGUGGCUGCUGCUCUUCCUCUACAACGCCAUGCCGGCCUCCUUCCCGCAGUACGUCACGGAGGCCAUCACGGGCCCGCUCCCGGACCCGCCCGGGGUCAAGCUGCAGAAGGAGGGGCUGCACGCCAAGCACCCCGUCAUCUUCGUGCCGGGGAUCGUCACCGGAGGGCUCGAGCUCUGGGAGGGCCACCAGUGCGCCGAGGGGCUCUUCCGGAAGCGCCUCUGGGGCGGCACAUUCGGCGACGUGUACAAGAGGCCUUUAUGCUGGGUUGAACAUAUGUCAUUGGACAACGAAACUGGAUUAGAUAAACCAGGAAUAAGAGUUAGGCCGGUCACAGGCCUUGUUGCAGCUGACUAUUUUGUCCCUGGCUAUUUUGUUUGGGCGGUCCUGAUUGCCAAUUUAGCUCGGAUUGGAUAUGAAGAAAAGAACAUGUACAUGGCUGCUUAUGAUUGGAGGUUAUCAUUCCAGAACACAGAGACCCGUGAUCAAACAUUGAGCAGAAUAAAGAGUAACAUUGAGCUCUUGGUAGCAACUAAUGGUGGAAAUAGGGCAGUGGUGAUCCCACAUUCCAUGGGAGUUCUCUAUUUUCUUCAUUUUAUGAAGUGGGUAGAAGCACCUUCUCCCAUGGGUGGUGGUGGUGGUCCUGAUUGGUGUGCAAAGCACAUCAAAGCUGUAGCAAACAUUGGUGGGCCUUUCUUAGGAGUUCCAAAGGCUGUUGCUGGGCUUUUUUCAUCUGAAGCCAAAGAUGUUGCUGUUGCUAGAGCUAUUGCACCAGAAAUGCUGGACUCUGAUUUUCUUGGACUUCAGACCUUGCGCCACUUGAUGCGAAUGACCCGUACAUGGGAUUCAACAAUGUCGAUGCUCCCUAAAGGUGGUGACACUAUUUGGGGAGGUUUGGAUUGGUCUCCAGAAGAUGGUUUUGAGUGUAAAUCCAAGAAGCGGAAGACCAAUGAUUCAGAGGUUUCUAAGGAUGUUCAUGGGGAACCUGUUGAAGUUCAUCCAGAGCCUGUGAACUUUGGAAGGAUGGUAUCUUUUGGAAAAGAUGUAGCGGAAUCUCCGGUUUCAAAUAUCGAGCAGAUAGAAUUCCGUGAUGCUGUCAAAGGUAAUAAUCUUGCCCAUUCAAAUACAUCAUGCCGGGAUGUCUGGACAGAGUAUCAGGAAUUAGGGUGGGGUGGAAUAAAGGCAGUUUCAGACUACAAAGUUUACACCGCAGGCUCUAUCAUAGAUCUUUUUAACUUUGUUGCUCCAAGGAUGAUGCAGCGUGGUAGUGUUCAUUUUUCAUAUGGAAUUGCUGAUAACUUGGAUGAUCCAAAAUAUGGUCACUACAAGUAUUGGUCAAACCCCUUGGAGACAAAACUACCAAAUGCACCUAAAAUGGAAAUAUUUUCGAUGUAUGGAGUAGGCAUUCCGACCGAAAGAGCAUAUGUCUAUAAAUUAUCCCCACAAGCAGAGUGCUAUAUACCCUUUCAGAUAGACGCCUCAGCUGAGGGAGGGGAUGAGAAUAGCUGCUUGAAAGGUGGUGUUUACAUGUCGAACGGUGACGAGACUGUUCCAGUUCUUAGUGCAGGGUAUAUGUGUGCCAAAGCAUGGCGUGGAAAAACUCGCUUCAACCCUUCUGGCAGCAAGACUUACGUGAGAGAGUACAGUCACUCUCCGCCUUCAAAUCUCCUGGAAGGCAGGGGCACACAGAGUGGUGCACACGUUGAUAUUAUGGGGAACUUUGCUUUAAUGGAGGAUAUUAUCAGGAUUGCUGCUGGGGCAACCGGUGAGGAAAUUGGUGGUGAUCAGGUGUAUUCUGAUAUAUUCAAAUGGUCCGAGAAGAUAAAGCUGAAAUUGUAG